CGGUCGCGGCGGCAGCGGCGGUCGGUGGCGGCGGCGGCAGGAUGACGGCGAACGGGACGGCGGAGCCGGUGCAGAUCCAAUUCGGGCUCAUCAAUUGCAGCAACAAAUACCUGACGGCGGAGGCUUUCGGGUUCAAGGUGAAUGCCUCGGCCGCCAGCAUGAAGAAGAAGCAGAUCUGGACGCUGGAGCAGGACGGGGAGGAUUCCAGCGCCGUGUUGCUCAAAAGCCACCUGGGCCGGUACCUGGCGGCCGACAAAGACGGGCGGGUGAGCUGCGACAGCGAAGAGCCCGGUCCCGAUUGUCGCUUCUUGGUGGUGGCUCACGGCGACGGGCGCUGGUCGCUGCAGUCCGAGCCCCACCGCCGCUUCUUCGGCGGCACCGAGGACCGUCUCUCCUGCUUCGCCCCCGCCGUCUCGGCCGCCGAGAAGUGGAGCGUCCACCUGGCCAUGCAUCCCCAGGCCAACCUCUACAGCCUGGCCCGCAAACGCUACGCCCACCUGGGACCCCGCCGGGACGAGCUGGCCGUGGACCGCGACGUGCCCUGGGGGGUGGACGCCCUCAUCACCCUCCUCUUCGUGGAGCAGCGUUACAGCCUGCAGAGCUGCGACCACCGCCUCCUGCGCUCCGACGGCCGCCUGGUCCCCGCCGCCGAGCCCGGUACCGCCUUCACCCUCGAGUUUCGUUGCGGGAAGGUGGCCUUUCGCGACGGGGAGGGUCGUUACCUCGCCCCUUCGGGACCCAGCGGGACCCUCAAGGCGGGCAAGAGCGCCAAGGUGGGCAAGGACGAGCUCUUCGCCCUGGAGCAGAGCUGCCCGCAGGUCGUGCUCCGAGCCGGCAACGACAGGAAUGUCUCCACCCGGCAAGGGAUGGACCUCUCAGCCAACCAAGACGAGGAGGGUGACCAGGAGACCUACCAGCUGGAGAUCAACAAGGACACCAAGAAAUGCGCCUUCAGGACGUACACUGGGAAGUACUGGACCCUCACCUCCAAUGGGGGCAUCCAGUCCACCGCCUCCACAAAGAACGCGAGCUGCUAUUUCGACAUCGAGUGGUGCGACAAGCGCAUCACCCUGAAAGCUGCCAACGGCAAGUACGUGACGGCCAAGAAGAACGGGCAGCUGGCGGCCUCCAUGGAGACAGCGGGUGAGACGGAGCAUUUUGUGAUGAAGCUGAUCAACAGACCCAUCAUCGUCCUCCGUGGUGAGCACGGCUUCAUCGGGUGCCGGAAGGUGACCGGCACCCUGGACUCCAACCGCUCCUCCUACGACGUCUUCCAGCUGGAGUUCAACGACGGAGCCUACAACAUCAAGGAUGCCACCGGGAAGUACUGGAUGGUGGGGAACGAGUCGUCCGUCACCAGCAGCAGCGACACCCCCGUGGACUUCUUUUUUGAGUUCUGCGACUAUAACAAAGUGGCGAUCAAAAUCAAUGGCAAAUACCUGAAGGGUGACCACGCCGGGGUCCUCAAGGCCUCUGCCGACACCAUCGACGCCUCCACUCUCUGGGAAUAUUAAUGCACUUUAGCGUACCUCCUGUUCCUCCCGUUCCUCCCGUUGCCAACUUUUUCUUUCCCUUCCUCCGUCCUU